CCCCUGUACCAGCCCGAGGCCUCCUCUCCGCAGGUAUGGACCUGUCUGCCAAUCAGGACGAGGAGACCGACCAGGAGACCUUCCAGCUGGAGAUUGACCGCGACACCAAAAAGUGUGCCUUCCGUACCCACACGGGCAAGUACUGGACGCUGACAGCCACCGGGGGCGUGCAGUCCACCGCCUCCACCAAGAAUGCCAGCUGCUACUUCGACAUCGAGUGGCGUGACCGGCGCAUCACACUGCGGGCGUCCAAUGGCAAGUUUGUGACCUCCAAGAAGAAUGGGCAGCUGGCCGCCUCGGUGGAGACAGCAGGGGACUCAGAGCUCUUCCUCAUGAAGCUCAUCAACCGCCCCAUCAUCGUGUUCCGCGGGGAGCACGGCUUCAUCGGCUGCCGCAAGGUCACGGGCACCCUGGAUGCCAACCGCUCCAGCUAUGACGUCUUCCAGCUGGAGUUCAACGAUGGCGCCUACAACAUCAAAGACUCCACAGGCAAAUACUGGACGGUGGGUAGUGACUCCGCGGUCACCAGCAGCGGCGACGCUCCUGUGGACUUCUUCUUCGAGUUCUGCGACUACAACAAGGUGGCCAUCAAGGUGGGCGGGCGCUACCUGAAGGGCGACCACGCAGGGGUCCUGAAGGCCUCGGCAGAGACCGUGGACCCCGCCUCGCUCUGGGAGUACUAGGGCCUGCCCGCCCUUCCCCACCCCUGCCCAUGAGGCGGCUUCUCCCAACCCUCCCUGCUAACCCCUUCUCCUCCAGGUGGGCUCCGGGGCGGGAGGCAAACCCCCUUGCCUUUCAAACUGGAAACCCCAGAGAAAACGGUGCCCCCACCUGUCACCCCUAUGACUCCCCACUCUCCCCUCCGCCCGGGUUCCCUACUCCCCUCGGGUCAGCGGCUGCGGCCUGGCCCUGGGAGGCAUUUCAGAUGCCCCUGCCCUCUUGUCUGCCACAGGGCGUCUGGCACCUCUUUCUUCUGACCUCAGACAGCUCUGAGCCUUAUUUCUCUGGAAGCGGCUAAAGGGUGGUUGGGAGCUGGGAGCCCUGGGCGUGUAGUUUAACUGGAAUCUCCUUCCCCUCCCCGGCCACCUCCUCCCAACCCCCUAGGAGCUGGGCACGUGUCCCAAGCCUGUCAGUGGCUCUCCCUGAUGCACUGUCGUGAAACCCCUGCUUGGGAAGGGAAGCCGUCGGGUGGGCUAGGACUGACCCUUGGUGUUUUUUUGGGUGGUGGCUGGAAACAGCCCCUCUCCCACGUGGCAGAGGCUCAGCCUGGCUCCCUGCCCCGGAGUGGCAGGGCGUGACGGCCACAGGGUCUGCCCGCUGCACGUUCUGCCAGGGUGGUGGAGGGGGAGGGUAGGGGUGUGGGGGCCGUCUUCCUCCCCUCUUUUUCCUUUCACCCUAGCCUGACUGGAAGCAGAAAAUGACCAAAUCAGUAUUUUUUUAAAUGAAAUAUUAUUGCUGGAGGCGUCCCAGGCAGGCCUGGCUAUAGUAGUGAGUGAUCUGGGGGGGGUCUCAGCACCCUCCCCAGGGGGUGCAUCUCAGCACCCUCUUUCCGUCCUUCCUGUCCAGCCCCAGCCUCAGGCAUGGGCUGUGGACGCCUGGGCCAGAGCCCCCGCUGUGAUAGGUGCUCCCUGGGCCUCCUGGGUGGAUGAAGCCAGGUGUCGCCCCCUCGGGGAGCCCUGGGGUGAGCCGCCGGGGACCCCUGCUGCCAGCCUCCCCCCUCCCGACAUGCAUCUCACUCUGGGUGUCUUGGUCUUUUAUUUUUUGUAAGUGUCAUUUGUAUAACUCUAAACGCCCAUGAUAGUAGCUUCAAACUGGAAAUAGCGAAAUAAAAUAACUCAGUCUGCAGCCCCA